CACAUUGCCGUCUGAGAGGUCUGCGCGUAGAACAUUCCGAUGUAACGUUUAUAGCUAAUCGUGUAUACUACCUGUAUAAAUACAUACCUAGUCUAUAUAUACUAGUUUUUGCUUCCUUUCUUCAUGUGACGUUUGCACCUUGUUUAAUUAUCCCCCCACCCUCUCCCCCUUUUCUCACAUAUGAGUUUAAAUGUCGAAAAUCUCAGAAUCGUUGGACGCUGGAACGUCCAAUGUGGCGAAGUAUGGUAUACUCGCAGUUACUUUGAUAGUUGCGUAUCAAGCAUAUCAAAUCAUCUAUAACCUCUACUUCCAUCCUCUGCGUAACUUCCCCGGACCCAUACAUCAUAGGGCGUCGAGAUUACCUUGGGCUAUCCGGCAUGCUACCGGCUCGCAGGCCUUCCAUACUCAGAAGCUUCACGACCAGUAUGGGUCUGUCGUCCGUAUCGGCCCCAACCAUCUCUCCUUUACCGACGUCCGGGCAUGGAAGGACAUCUACGGCCACCGCGUUGGCUCGGAGAGCACCAUGAACGAGAUGGCUAAGGCUCACACCUUCAACAAGACGAUCCGCCAUGUCCCAACUUCGAUCAUAAAUGCGGACCGUGAAGAACACUCGCGGUUCCGCCGAGCUCUCUCCCACGGCUUCUCUGAUAGCGCAAUGCGUCAACAGGAACCUAUGAUCUCGAAAUACGUUGAUCUUUUGCUGAAGAGAUUACACGAGGAGUGCGGCGAUGGAAAGAAUAAAUUGAAUAUCGAAGCCUGGUAUAACUGGACCACUUUCGAUAUCAUAGGCGAUCUCGUCUUCGGCCAGUCAUUCCGAUGCCUCGAAAAUAUCCAUUAUCAUCCAUGGAUCGAGUUCAUUUUCAGCAGCGUCCGAUUCGGUGCCGUCAUUGUCGCGAUGACUUACAUUGGUUUAAGUGAUCUGGUGCAGGUAAUAGUUAGGGUCAGUGCAAAUGCCGUCAAUAGAGUGCAAAAGUAUACCGAGGACAUGGUAAAGACACGGCUGGCUAUGGAGAAGGAGCGUGACGACUUGUUUGAGGGACUUGUCAAGAGGCGCGAGGACUGGGGCCUGUCGUUUGAGAAGUUGUGCGCAUCCGCAUUUAUUCUUGUGCUGGCCGGAUCCGAAACGACAGCAACCACGUUGUCAGGCGCUACGUUUCUCCUCUUGGCCCACCCAGAGAUCCUAGAAAAGCUGAAGCACGAGGUUCGCUCGUCGUUCAAGAGCGUUGACGAGAUCAAUAUCAACUCGGUUAACAAGCUGUCAUAUAUGCUUGCGAUUCUAAACGAGGCUCUGCGACUUUACCCCCCCGUCACAUCGACUUUGGUGCGGACAGUCCCGCCCGGCGGAGAUCAGAUUGCGGGUCGAUUCGUGGCCGGUGGCACAUUUGUCGAGGUCCAGCAUUGGGCGAUGAACCACAGCAAAGAGAAUUGGAAGGAUCCGUGGACCUUCAACCCCGACCGGUUCUUAGCGACCCCUGAAGAGGCUGCGAAAGCGGGGAACAAACUCGAUGCGCUACAAUCUUUCAAUGUUGGCCCGAGGAACUGUAUCGGCCGAAACCUUGCGUAUACCGAGAUGCGCUUGAUCCUAGCCCGCAUCAUCUACGACUUUGAUCUGGAGCUCUCUGACGAGAGUCAACGGUGGAUCGAGAGGCAAAAGUCGUUUGCGCUUUGGGACAGAAUCCCUUUGUAUGUACACUUAACCCCAGUCAAGCGGUAGUCUCAUGUUGUGGUAACCUAUGGGUUCUUUUCCACAUGUAAGGUAUAUAGAUACCUAUGUAUAAGACGUGCUACUUAGAUGGGCAUGAAUAUGAGCGAAGGAACCGGAGUACAUAUUGAGGGUUAUUCAUAUUGUCUUGUUUGUAAUUAUUGGAAUUAAAUCAAACCAUCAGGUUCAAUCCACUAUCUUAU